AUGUAAAAUGAGAUCAAUUUAAUAAACAGUCCCUUAUUAAAACAUCAUAGAGAAUAAGAACAAAAAGCUUAAAUGAUAGAGAUGCAAGUCUUUAAGAGUUUGUAUUAGAAUGAUUUUGAUAAGCAUUAGAAAAAAGAUGAAAUUUUAGAAAUUGAAUCCAAUAAAUUAUAAUAGAUUUUGGAAGCAAAAGGUUAAUGGAAAACACUACUAAAAGGAUGGAAGAAAGAUGGAAAUAAAUAAUAGUAAAAUGAUGAUAAUUAUUUUGGAUUUUAAUAUAAUAAAUUAUUAGAAAUCUUUGAUCUGAAUUAAAUAAUUAAAGAAGCUUAAAAAAAUUUAACAAAGUAGGAUCAAGAGAAAGACUUGAAGGAAAAAAGAUUGAAAAUUUAAAUUGAUAAAUUAAAUGAAUUGGGGGGUAUUUAUGGUUUAUAGAACUUUUUAAAAACUUGUAUAAAGUAGGGUUUGGAUGAUACAAAUGAUUAUGAUUUGAAGAUGAGAGAGAAAUAUUUUGGUAAGAAUGAGAAACCUCAAAUAGCAAUAAAAAGUGUACUUCAAAUAAUAAUUGAAUAAUUUUAAAAGGAAAGAUUAUUUUAGUUAUUAUUGAUAAUAACAACAAUUAAUUUAAUAAUAUAUUUUGAUGAUAAUGUAUAGGUUUAUACAUUCUACAUAAUAAUGUUAGUUAUAAUGGUUUUAUAUAAGGGAGUGAUAAAGUAAUAGUAUAAUAAAGAAAUAGUGUAACAUUAAAAUGAUAUUAAAGAAAGGAGCAAACAUUUAAUAAAGCGAUGUAAUGUAUUAAGAAAUGGAGAUGAUUCAAUUUAAAUUCAUAAUAGUAAAUUGGUUGUUGGAGACAUUUUGAUAUUUAAGCAAGGAGAUUUCAUAUAAUGUGAUGGUAUAAUAACAAAAUUAUAAAAUUGUAAUGGAAUAGAAGUAUUGUAACCAUUUCCUAAUCUUUUUAACACUCAAGAGGUUAAAAACAUAGAUGAAGUUAAAGAAUAGAAUGUUAUACAUGAUGAAUAGAUAUAACCUAAUUUAGGUUUGUUUGAUAAUUUUAUUUUUGCUGGUUCUCAAAUAAUAAAAGGAUCUGGAUAAUUAUUGGUUUGCAGUGUUGGAUAGAAAUCAUCUGAUUAUAUUCAAUACAAAUAAUCAUUUUUAGAAGACACAAAAACAGAAAAAUAAAGAACAACUUAUUUGAAAUAGAAUUCUAUGUAUAAUCCAUUUGCUUUUAAGAUUGAAUCUUUUAUGAAUAAGAUUGGAAUAUAAUGUAUUAUUAGUCUACUUAUUUUAUUAAUAAUCUUAUUAUUCAGAAAUACUUAUUUAAUUGAUAUUACUUAAAUUCUUUUAUAUUUAUCAUAAUUAUCAAUAAUUACUAUACCAUCUUAAUUACUUUAAUUGAUUAAUUUAUUUAUGAUUUAUGUAAUAAAGAAAUGUAGAUAAAGAAGUAUUUAUAUAUAGGAUUAUUUAUCAUUGUAUUGGCUUGGGUAGGUGAAUGAAAUGAUUAUUGAUAAAAUAGAUGAUAAAGUGACAAUGUUUAGUAAAUCAUAAAUAAAUAUUAGAUAUUUUACUCAAUUAUAAUUAGAAGAUGCAUAAAAAAUAGCAAUUCAAACAGAUCUUUUGAAAGAAGAUGAAGUAAAUGAUAAAUGUAUAGAAGGAAGUUUUUUAAAUAGUAGUUUUGAAUAGAAAAAUAAAUUUAUGUUUUUAAGUAGAAGACUUGUUUGUCCAACUUUAGAUCAUUUAAAAUUAGAAAGAAUUUAAUCAAGUAAGACAUUAGAAUGGUUAGAAUAAUAGAAAUAAAAAUUUUAAUUCUAAGGAAUUGUUGAUUAAUAAAAACUUUAUGAAGAAAUUAAAAAUAAAAAUAUUAUAAUUGGAGGGAAUGCUGAUAGAAAAGAGUAAUUGAUAAAUUUACUUAAACUAUAUGAUAAAAUUAUAUUUAUCAAAGGAGAAGAAAAUGAUGGGAAAGCUAUGGAAAUGGCACAUGUUAGUAUUGGACCACAUGAAUCCAGAUCAUGCAUUAAAUUAUUUAAUCAUUUAGAAUAAAGUGAUAAGAGUUACAUUUCAUCAAUGUAUGAAUCCUUAAGUUAAGGAAGAGCUGUUUAUUUUUAUAUUUUAUCUUACUCUUAUGCAUUGGCUUGUACAUCAUAAACCAUUAUGAUAUUUGCAAUCUCAUCAGCAAUUUUAUCUGACAAUAUAUUUAUUAUGCCUAUUCCAACUUUCAUCAUCUUCUAUCUCACUUUGAAUCAUUUUUCUUAUUAGAUUUAAAAAUAAUGCAAUUAAGAUGUUUAAACUUACGUUAUGCAUCGUAGUCCCUAUACUAAAUAAGGUAGAAUUAUUGAUAGACAUACAAUGAGGAAACUAUAUAAAUUACAUUCUAUUUUAAUUGUUGAAUUGUUAAUUGCUUAUUACUAUGGAUAUUUUAAAUCUGUUUAAGAUGUCUACAUAGGAUUAUUAUUUAGUAAACAUGUUUUUAUAAUGGUUAGACCUAUUAAAUAGGUAUUAUAAUAAAUUGAAGGUAUAAUAUAUGGUUUAUUAAUCAAUCUAAUCAAUUAAUUUAUAACUUAGUCAAAUUAAGAUUAUCAAAGUAUCUCAAUACUCUUAAGAAACUAUUCAAUUGGUUUAAUUGUUGUAGCAUUUAAUUUAUUUGUUGGUUAUAGGUGA